AUGACCACUUUAUCACAUCCCUUCAAAGACAGUCCGGAGCCGCUGGAAGUGCCCAAAGAGCAUGCCGCCAACGUGGACACUCUGUACGAAUGGAUGAAAGAUCAGCCACGGUUUCCAAGCUUUUCGAAAAAUCAUGCCUACCUGUUCCUGCACGCCUGCCUGUGGAACGUGGAUGAUGCGAAGAAAGCGCUACAGAAGUACGCACAGAUUCAUGCCAAUUCACCGGAAAUUUUCGACAACCGAGACAUUAUGGGAGCAGGUGUGCAGAUGACACUGAAUGCCACACACAUGGUGGCCCUACCACGGACGACCCCGGAAGGCUAUCGGUUGCUGUACUAUCGCCUGUCGGAUACCGAUCCUUCCAAGAUGAACUUUACCGAGGCAGUUAAAUCGUUCUGCAUGUUUAACGAUGCCCAGAUCAGCGUGGACGGCAUCAUGGAGGGCUACAUCGUCAUCUUCGACAUGAAGGGCGUCCGGUUGGGGCAUCUCGCCCGGGUGCAGUUUGGUCCGCUGCGUGUGUUCAUGAACUACAUCCAGGACGCGCAUCCGGUGCGGCUGAAGAAGAUCUACAUCGUCCAUACGGCCUCCUUCAUCAAUCAGGUGAUGGCGCUGGUGAAACCGUUAAUCAAAUCGGAACUGCUCGGACUGCUGCAGUUUACGACGGCUGGACCGGAGGAGAUUGUCGGUGUUGACUACUUGCCAAAGGACUUUGGUGGACCAUUCGAUGAGGUGGCCAUAAUGCAUGCGGAGCAGAAAAAGCGCCUGGAGACGGAGUACCGCGAAUGGUUGAUGGAUUCCAGCGUGUUCAAGGAAGCUCCCAAGCAGAAAAACUCCAGCUCAACCUCCAUCAAACCGCCGGUGAAAGCGUUUCGGGGUUUGGAGAUUGACUAG